AUGUCUAUAUCUACUAUCCGUCGCCAAGUGAAGAACGUGGCUUAUAAUUUUUCAGAUGCUCAGGUAAAAGUACGUGAAGCUACGAGUAAUGAUCCGUGGGGGCCAUCGACAGCGCUGAUGUCAGAAAUUGCUGAGCUAACUCACAAUCCUAUGUCAUUUACUGAAAUAAUGUCAAUGCUUUGGAAAAGGCUCAAUGAUCAUGGCAAAAACUGGCGUCAUGUUUACAAGAGUCUUGUGCUUCUUGAUUACCUCAUUAAGUGUGGUAGCGAAAAAGUGGCACAACAGUGCAGAGAAAAUAUUUAUUCGAUAGAAACUUUAAAGGACUUCCAGCACUUUGAGGAUAAUCGCGAUCACGGAAUGAAUGUGAGACAGAAGGCCAAGCAGAUGGUAGCUUUGCUUUAUGAUGAGGAACGCCUCAAAAAUGAGCGCACUAGGUUUAUGAUGACAAGAAAAAAGUUUAUGUCAGGCUCAGCAGUUUCUUCCAAUGGUAUUGUUAGACACUCACGCAAGGCAGAUCCAGGGCCAAUGGCAAUUAAUGAGAGCAAAAAAGAAGCUGAGAGGAUAAGCGCUUUAGAAAAAGCUCCACCAAAAAUGGUGUCGGGGUCUACGCUUUCACAAAGUGCAAUUGACGACCUGCUCUCUCUGGGGGUUGGUCAGCCAGUUAAUGCUGCCCAGAAUCCUUGGGGAGGACCUACAGUAGAUCCUUGGGCCCCAUCGCCUAGUGUUACUUCGCCUGUUCCCCCGUCUGCUACCAUAGGGCUGCCCUCUCCGUAUCCUUCUUUGACAACUCAAGCAGGUUCGAAUGAUCCAUGGUUACCAGCUUCAUCUGCAGUCACCACAACGCCAAGCCUACCCAGUGAUCCAUGGAGUGCAACAUCAACAACAUCUUCAACUCUCGAGCCAAAACCUUUGCUACCAUCAUCCUCCGAUGGGGAGUCAAACAAACAAAGGGCAAAUAUGAAAACCCCUGAGAGUUUCCUUGGCGAGAAUUCGAAUUUGGUCAAUUUGGACAAUCUUAUGGGUACUACUGGCAGCUCUUCGCGUCCAGCUAGUAAUCCUUUCCUCACUGGUACUGGCUCAGGAGCUUCGACGAAUCCAUUUGCUGCCCAACAACGGCCGUCUCCAUCACUGAGUGAGAUGAUGAAUCAGAGUCGCGCUGCACCCGUAACGCUUCAACCCAGCUUGAAUCCUACACCUAUUGCGCCUGCGAACCAGCAGCAGCCUACAAACCCGUUUCUAUAA